UAGACCCUGCUCCUUUGAAUGUGCAUCCAUCAUCAGAAGUCAGAAGUUUGCCAGCAUCCCUUUGUUGUAUAAUCAAACAUAAUGGAUCCAAAAUAUGUUCCAUGUUUCUAGAUGCUGAAGGAAACAAAUAAUGGCUGUUAUCAAAUAGUUGUCGCCCUGAAGCGUGAAGGGCACCAUAUUUGAAACAGAUAUCAAUCCCCCAAGCCUUUUUUCAUUACGUAUAUGCUAAUUUAUGUGCAGUCAGAGAUUACUAAGCUGAAGAAGAGAGAAAUGUAAAUAUGUUACAUGUAUAUCAUAUAAACCCUUAUCGCUGACCCUGUAGAUAACAUCACCUGCUGUGGCCAUGCAGGUACACAGCUCAUACACAACCUACUAUCUGAUCAUAAAUGGCCCAUUUUGUGGUCGUGUGAACAUGUGAUCUAGUAAACUUUAGAUCUACUCACCGAAAUAUUAAUCUACAAUUGACAGAAAUCUUGUGAUAUAUGUUGCGGGGUACAUAUACUGCUUGGAUGGACUUUCUUGUAUCUAAACCGUUGUUGUGUGCUGUGUUUUUGACAACCUGACAUUGAAUCACAAGGUGAGUGACUAUUUCUGUGACAUUUAAAAAUAUAUUCUACAGCAUAACUACCAACACAGGAAAUGUGGAACCAAUACUGCGAAAACAGGACUAAGUUAAUACACCUGGUUUAGUGAAACCUCAAUCUGUGACCGAUUAAAUCAAUAUUAGGAAAGAUAAAGUAAACAAAAAACAUUCUGCUCUUUUUCAAAAUGGCCACAUCGUUGUACAAAGGUCAAAUUCCUUCCCGCACCAAGGGUCAAACUACCUGUUUUCACCACAAGGGGAGACAACUUGACAUUUACUGCGAAGAAUGUCAAGAACUAGCCUGUACCAAGUGCCUGUCUACUGUACAUAAGAAACAUCCUUUGUGUGACCUUAGUGAAAUUAAUCUCCAAAAGAAACAAGACAUUCAAACUUUUAUAAACAAAACUGAGAAAGCUGACAUGGUACAAAUUGACAAGUUCAUCACUGCUACUGAUGAACAUCUUAAGGACAACGCCAGCAACUUUGAAAAACUUUCGCACCAGUUAAAGACACAAACCAACAAAUUAAAACAUGACCUUGACCUGUUUACAACACAGACUCUGUCUCUCUAUCAACAAAUGGACGAGGAUAACACCAAGCUACUACAAACGUACAAACAGGACCUAGAAAUGUACAGCACUCAGCUAAAACAACAAGUACAGGAAUGUAAGAUAGCACUUCAGCGCGGCUCUGACAUACAAAUCUACGACACAGGAUGUGAGGUUCAAUUUACUGUCCCACUCCCUGUAAAACCUACCUUGAGUACCGCUAGCUUCAUUUCGAACCAAAAUCAUCAGGCUUACCUGGAACAAGCUUUGGGAAUACUUAACAUCUCAGGUCAAGGUCAUGGUCAAGCCUUGCUAGAUCAUCAUUUUUCUGUUGGGUCAUCUGCUGGACAAGGACCACUCUCAACACAACAUCAGCAACAUCAGUCUAACCUUAAGGUUAGGGCAUCCUCUACUCAACAGAAGUCUGAACCAAAAGAAAAGACACCAUCUACUCAACAGAGAUCAGAAAGAAGAAAGGACGUGACCAGUCCAGUGUAUACCCUGUUGGCUCAGACCAAGGUGUUGGGGGAGUGGGAGUCUCCAUGGCAUAUCACUUCUGUAUGUCCCAUCACUGAUGGUCAGGUGUGGACCAGUUACUUUUGCAGUAACACCUUAACUCUCCUGGACAGGAAGGGCAAAGUAAUACAGGAGGUUACACACAAUACUAGGAUCAUAGACAUAAGUCUGUCACCCAAAACCAACACACUGUGGGUCUGUGACAAGGAAAACAACAUCACAGAGCUUGUGUCAGGACGACUAGUACACAGAUUCAGUACCAGACAGACACCACAGUGUAUCUGUAUUACAGCUAGUAACCAUGUCCUUGUAGGGAUGGUCAAAUAUAUCUCAAAAUUUACCACUAAAGGUACAUUGGUACAUACUACAUUGUCUGCGGGGACUAGGAAAGCAUUAGUUUGUAGACCAUACAGGAUCUCAGAGUGUCCUGUCACUCACAAUGUGGCAGUGACUGACAAGGAUAGUAAAGAUGAUGGUGGUGAAGGGAAACCACAUGUUGUUGUCAUGGACACAGAUUUCAAGGAACUAUUUGUAUAUGAUGGUGAAGUCCCACAUACAUAUCAACCAACAUCACAGUCAGGAGGUGAACCAUUUUCCCCCCGGGGUGUGGUGUAUGACAGUGUCGGUAAUCUAGUCAUAGUGGACAGUAACAACAACCGUAUCCUACUCAUCAGUGGGCGUGGUGAGUUUCUCAGGUUCAUACAGACAGGUGACAACCCGCCUCAGGCUGUUGGUGUAGACAGGGAGGAUGUCAUGUGGGCAGCGUUUGGGUUUAACAAUGUCAAAAUCCUACAGUACAGUAGUGUGUGAACUGGACAAACUACUAUGUGUUGAUCUAGUAACCAUGACAACCAACACUGAUAAGGAUAGAAAUUGUCUACAACAAUUUUAACAAGAUUGUAAUGUACAGACCUGAAAAGUUUUUAAAAAGCAAAGAUAUUUAAUAUACACCAACUGGUAUAUCAAUUAUACAAAGCAACCACUAUACUCAUUAAAAGUUAAUCUCAACUGAAUAAAAAAACAAGCACUGUUUGACAAUAGUGUUUAAAUUAAUUGGAAAAGCUACUCAGCCUCAAAUGAUAUUUUUAAAGACCAUAUUCUUUAAAGUUAAGUCUGUUUAAGCUGAAGUACAUAUAUUUAGAAAAAAAUGGUGUUGUAACUGUAAAAAAUGUCGGAGUGUUGAUAAAAAUUCUUUAAAAUCUUAAAAUGUUGGUGUUUAUUAUUGAAUUGAUGCUCA